AUGGGUGCUCUCAGAAUUCCUAAGCAAACAAUGUGGUUGGAUUUGCCUGAACAUUUGAUAGAGAGAAUACUCGAAUGCCUUCCCGUGGACUGCUUCUUCCGUUUCAGGGCUGUUUGCAAGAUCUGGAAUACUCUCUUCUCGUCCCAACAUUUCAAUUCUAUUGCCAGAAAUAGCCAGCUAUUUCUCAUUCUUUGCCCUGCCAGAACACAACUACCCUCGCUAAUCUAUUCCUUCUUCACCCGCACCUGGCGAAACAUUUCUUUAUCUUUCAUACCUCAUGAUUGCCCCAUCAAUUUCAGAGGAUCUACUUCUGGGUUGCUCUUGGCAGACAUUAACGCCAAUGUCUGCUUUGGCUUUAAUUCUCCAACGCUAUGUGUUUGCAAUCCUCUUACCCAAGUGUACUCGACGCUGCCAAAAAUGAUUUCUGUGAGUAGAAUUAUGGCUAAGGCAAUUGUACCAGCAAGGAAUAAUAUGGACGCAUAUAUAGUCAUGGUGGUGGGCAUGACCAGCACUGGUACAGUUUUAAUAGAAGCAUAUAAUUCGACUACCAAGGCAUGGAAAGUUGCAGGCAGCAUUCCUGAUGUGGUUAUAAGAAACGAAAAUGUUUUCUUCUUCAAGGACUCUUUGUUUGGUGUGACUUCCAGUGGGGGCAUAAUGGUCUACAAUAUUGAAAAGGGGAUCACCAGAGUUAUGGCCAUGUCGACAACAGACGCCAACAAUUUGUGGGUUCGGCUUGUUUGUUGUAAAAGUGGUGUGUUUGUGGUUGGGGCAAUCGAAGAUAAUCACUGUUUGAAGGGCGCAGAGCUUGGUGUACUAUUGUCUCGGGAGCGAUUCCCGAAGCCAUGGACACUUAUCCCGCGCUUGUCACAAGUUGACAGAGAUGCGAUUGAGAGAUAUGGGUUAUCCUCUUUACUAGACAUUCCCCGGUAUAUCAUUAACCAAGGGUUAUUGACAAUGUUGGCAGAGAGGUGGCAUAGUGAUACAAACACCUUUCACUUGGCGACCAGUGAGAUGAUAGUUACAGCAGAGGACUGUUAUCAGAUUCUGUGGAUUCCUGUGGUUGGGGCAUUGCUACCCUAUGAGUAG